AUGGAGUCCACGGCCUCCCCCGCGCCAUCAAAGCACCAGAUUCCCGGCGUGGCUAACCCUGUUGUGGCAGCAGCCGAGCAAAAAUGGUUGUUUCCAGAAGGAGAUCUAGAGCGCACGCCCUCGCGCCUCGAUAAAAUCGAUCGUGAGAAGGAGGAUUACAUUCGACACCGGGCUGUUGAGUUCAUCUGGCAGGUUAGCAUGAUGUUGAAAAUGCCGCCGCAGACCUCCAUGACCGCUACCGUUUUCAUGCACCGGUUCCUGAUGCGCUACUCGCUACGCGGACAAUACCCAGAUCAAGCGCCCGAGUUAAUGCACCCGAAAGUUAUUGCGGCUGUGGCGCUGUUUGUCGCAUUCAAGGUGGACGAGACCAUGCGUCGCAUGAAAGACUUCGUCGUGGCUUGUUGCCGUGUGGCCAUGAAGCAGCCUGAUCUAAUUGUCGACGAACAGUCAAAGGACUACUGGAAGUGGCGUGACCUAAUUCUACAGAACGAAAGCGUGAUGCUCGAGUACCUUUGCUUCGACCUACAGAUCGAGUCGCCCUAUCGCAUUUUGUGGGAAUACUCUCAGUUCCUCAAUGUCACCGAAAACAGACCCCUCAGACAUUCUGCCUAUGCCUUCCUCAACGACUCAACAUACACUGUCCUCUGUCUACAAUUCCCUUCCCGAGUUAUCGCUGCCGCAGCCCUUUACGCCGCAGCGCGUCACUGCCAAGUUACUUUCCCAGAUGACCACAAGGGCCGUUCAUGGUGGGAACAGAUUGGCGUGCGUGUCGAGGACCUGGUCAGCGCGUGCAAGCUUAUUGUACAAAUAUACGAGCGUGUACAGCAAAACUUAAGCAAAGGCUAUCCCGACUUCGCUAUCGGCGACGCCUCCGACCCCAACGAUCCCACUCGUCUCUUCCACAGCAACCCUACCUCCGCUCCUGACCUGACAUCUUCUCUUUCCACUCCCGCGGCUGACUCCCCCGCUGGAAAUGGGCGCAAACGCUCCCGUGAGCCAGACUCUCAAUUCUCUGCAAAUCACCACCCGAGUCCUAUCCCACCACCUCAAUCUCAGUCGUCAUUAUCAUUAAAUGGCGAGCGUUCCCCUAAACGCCAACGCACAAUCUCACCUGCCCCUAACUCGGGAACACCAUCUACAUCUCGUCCUCGAAUCCCGCUUCGAGCAAUGGGUGCCUCAUCAGCGAAACCUCCCCUCGGAGAGCAGUCACUAAACUCUGCUAUGAACGUCGAUUCUUCGCAGCCCACAAAUACCGGUGCAAGGCCAACGGAUGAGACCAGUGCUGAAGAAGGCGAGGUCUCAGACGCUGGCGUAAAUCGAAACAAUGCGCCGCAAAGAGAAGCAGUUGAGGAAGGUGAAGGGAGCGAAGAAGGCGAGAUUUAG